AUGAAAGAAAAAGGCACAAAAGAGGAAACAAAAACCCGAGUGGCGAGUGAAGUGAGCUAUCUGUUGAGUUCCGAAAAUGUCUUCUCCGACAGCCCCAACAGCUUGCAUCAACGUGUUUUGGCACGAGGGGAUGCUAAGCCACGAUACAGGCAAAGGCGUAUUCGACACUGGGAUGGACCCUGGUUUCCUUGAGGUGUUAGAAAAACAUCCAGAGAAUUCAGACAGGGUCAGAAACAUGGUCUCCAUCCUCAGAAAAGGACCCAUAUCUCCUUACAUCUCUUGGCUCCCUGGGACUCCUGCUACUAUUCCUCAGCUUCUAUCUUUUCAUUCCCAAGAAUAUGUUAAUAUGUUGGUUGAAGCUGAUAAAAAUGGGGGUAAGGAAGUCUGCUGUGGAACCUUGUUGAAACCUGGUUCAUUUGAUGCUGCACUUUUAGCAGCUGGUACUACUCUCUCAGCUAUGAAAUUCAUACUCGAUGGCCAUGGGGAACUUGCUUAUGCAUUGGUGAGGCCUCCGGGUCACCAUGCUCAACCUACUCGAGCUGAUGGGUAUUGCUUUUUCAACAACGCCGGUCUCGCCGUUCAAUUGGCUUUGGAUUCCGGGUGUAAACGGGUUUCGGUUGUAGACAUCGAUGUUCAUUACGGCAAUGGGACUGCAGAGGGGUUCUACCGGUCGGAUAAAGUUCUUACGGUUUCGCUUCACAUGAAUCAUGGGUCUUGGGGUCCUUCUCAUCCUCAGAAUGGAACGGUUGAUGAGCUCGGUGAAGGCGAAGGAUUCGGGUAUAAUUUGAAUAUACCUUUGCCAAAUGGAACCGGUGACAAGGGAUACGGAUAUGCGAUGACGGAGUUGGUUAUCCCUGCUGUUGAAAAGUUCGAGCCGGAUAUGAUGGUCCUGGUGAUUGGUCAAGACUCAAGUGCUUUUGAUCCAAAUGGAAGACAAUGCUUGACAAUGGAUGGUUAUCGUGAGAUUGGACAGACAGUUCGUAGAUUGGCAGAUAAGCAUUGUGGUGGGCGACUUCUUAUCGUCCAAGAAGGCGGAUACCAUAUUACAUACUCGGCUUAUUGCGUUCAUGCGACGCUAGAAGGUGUGCUCAAUCUUCCAUUCCCAUUGUUGUCUGAUCCUAUUGCAUAUUACCCCGAGGAUGAAGCGUUUGCUGUAAAAGUAAUCGAAGCAAUAAAGCAGUUCCAAAUGAAAAAUGUACCAAUCUUAAAGGAAGUUUGAUAUAGGGUUUUGCCGUAUCUCAGGAAUCCAAUGACAUUGUUCUUCUUAUUGUCUUGCAUGAUAAUUCGAAACUUCUCAUCGUUUUUCUCA